AUGAUUGAAGGUGUUAGCAGACUAGAGAAAGCAAGUAAUCCCAAAACGCCCAAUUACGAGAACAUUAGAUUCAGCUAUAUAUCACCAGAACAAAUUCCUAGUGUGAAAUCAUUUUCAUCUGAAAGGAGCACUGUAAUCAUUUUUGAGGAUAAGUACCAUCAUGUACCAAUUAUUAUUCAUGAAAACAUCUUCCUUUUAGUAACAUAUAAUGGGGGAAGCAGUUAUCAAGAUGUCUCCAAGAUAGCUAGCCGAUAUAUUGAUAAUGUAAAGGGUGCAUUUAUAGUUAUUAACAGCUACCUCUACAAAGGUGAAUUUGUUGUAUUUGAUCUUAGCAGGUUGGAGAAUGAUAUGCUUACAAUUCGACUAAGGUUUGAUACUCCAUUAAACCUGCAAAAAGAGAUAGAGGUGAGGCAGAAGCGUAAGGAAAAAAGUGCCUCACUUAAUAAAUAG